AUGGUUAAGAGAUUGUGGCCCGAGAUAAAGGUGACGGCCCGCGAUCAAAAUGGCAUUUAUCGGCUGUUUCCAAGAUUAUUCCAUCCGGGCUUCCUCCCCAAGAUUGCUGAAAUCUGCACAAGGAUUGCUGAAACCUCUGAUGAGAAUUUCGUUCUUGAGCUCAGGGACGCCGGCGAGGAUCUUGAGCUUCAGAAGCUCUUCGUGGAGCUCGAGCUUGGAGUGGGUGAAUUUGUCCGGAGUACCUGGGAUUUGUCGAGUGCUUCGAGGAGGGAGAGGUCGAAGGGUGCGGAGAAUGGCAGAAGUGGCGCCGGCGGAUGCGAGGCGCUUUCGUUUCUGAGGAGGAAGAAGGUCCACUGGGACUAG